UGUAUAUUGACAUUCCAAACUUUGACACGAAGGAUGUUUUCGUAUUUAAUAAGCUCUAAAGCUCAAGACGAACGUGAUCAGGUGUCAAAAUUAUCGGAUGAAGCCGGAAAUCACAAUGAACAACUUAACAAUACCGUUCCUCCGUUUGCUACUCGCUCCAGGAGUAAAACUAUGAUAGUUGAUCGACUGCAAGCGUCCCCAAAAUCCCACUCGUCAUCGCCGCAUUCGCCACAAUGCGUGCGAAGGUCUCUGAACUGUCACCGCAAUGAAAGUAUGCACAUACCCAAAUCGAAAGCAGUCCGCGAAAUUGCGCUAAUAGCAAAAAACCGAAACGAACGGAGACAAAGGAAUGCGGACUCCAAGGCGAUCAAAGAGGCACUCAUCAAAAUGGAAGGCGACAAUCCAAACUGGGAGUUCCUGAAGAUGAUCAAGGAGUACAAGACCACUCUGGAUUUUCAUCCGCUUCGCUCCACAGAUCCCGUUGUCGAUCACCAAAUUACUGUAUGCGUACGGAAAAGGCCACUAAACGCAAAGGAGCUCAACAAAAACGAAAUUGACGUCAUUACGAUACCCCAACGCGACCGCUUAAUCCUACACGAACCCAAGCAAAAGGUAGACUUAACGAAGUACCUCGACAAUCUGAACUUUAGGUUCGACUACGUCUUCGAUGACACCGUCAGCAACGAAAUGGUGUACCGCUUCACCGCCCAACCUUUAAUCAGAACGGUCUUCGAAGGCGGACGCGCCACGUGUUUCGCGUACGGACAGACCGGAUCCGGAAAAACGCACACAAUGGGCGGCGAAUUCAAGGGAAAAACUCAGAACUUCGCGAGCGGAAUUUACGGCCUGGUAGCCGUCGACAUCUUUAAGCUACUCGCGACGCCGACCUAUCGCCAAAUGAACCUCGCCCUUUCGGCGAGCUUCUUCGAAAUCUACGGAAACUUCGUAUACGACCUGUUGGCGAAGCGGAAACGUCUGAAGGUGUGGGAGGACGGCAAUCAAAAGGUGCAAAUCGUCGAUCUCACUGAGAUCGUCGUCAAAAACGUCGAGCAGGUCCUCGAAAUCAUUCAGAAGGGGUCGAACCAAAGGACAUCGGCUCAGACCUCGGCCAAUCUGUCUUCCUCGCGAUCGCAUGCCGUUUUCCAGAUUGUGCUGCGAGAAAUAGUCGCUGGUGGCAAAAGGGUUGUGGGCACUUUUUCCCUCAUCGAUCUGGCGGGGAAUGAGCGCGGUGCGGACACGUUUAAAUCAAAUCGACUGACCAGAAUAGAAGGUGCUGUGAUUAAUCGGUCUCUGCUGGCGCUUAAGGAGUGCAUUCGUGCCUUGGGGAAAAAGGAGACCCAUUGCCCGUUUAGAGGGAGCAAGUUGACCCAAAUCCUUCGCGAUUCGUUUAUCGGUGAAAACUCGCGCACUUGCAUGAUCGCGUUAAUAUCUCCCGGUGUUUCGUCGUGCGAACACACCUUAAACACGUUGCGAUACGCCGAUCGUGUCAAGGAGUUGGCCGUGGGCGAAGGUGACCUUUGCCCCGAGCACGAUUUCGGGAAUGACAGUGACCCGUGUUCGGAUGACUCGACCGCUUCCAGUUCUCCAGAUGAGAAUCCCGAGCUUGUAGAUCAGUUUUGCCAAGUACUACAGACACAUCAGGUAAUAAUGAAACAGUGCGUCGAAUUACACAAGAUGGCGAUGGACUCCUACGAUAAUCUCCAAGAUCCGAGUUGUAGUAAGAUGGAUGUCGCGCGAUUCUGGAAGAAAUUACUGGAGGACACGGUCGAUGUGCACAAGGAUGCACUGGUCCAUGCGACGAGCUACUACGAUCUACUCUGUAAAAAGAAAUGGAAAUAUUAACUUUUCUAGAUUUUUAUACUUAAUGAGUAUUUUCAAGUUUUAUCUAUUUACCUUUCAAGAUUUUAUUACAAAUAAAUGGCGAAAUGGUGACCACACCUUAUGUGACGC